CUCGUCGACGAAACACAUGUGUCUGUGCGCGGAUGCUGUCAGUGCCGAUACGUGCUGCUGUUGUUGUUGUUAUUGUGAUUGUUGUUCCUGUUGCUGUUAUAAUAAAUAUUAUUGUUGUUGUUGUUAUUGUUGUCGUUCGCCCGGCAACAUUUUGUGCAUCGACGAUCAUCGGGUGGUGAAACCGAUUAUCAACGGUUAUAUACGCAGUGAACAAGACCGAGUGAUUCUCGAUUUAUUCUAGUUUUCACGUGUUAUCGUUCGACGACCUUUGGUUGUUUGUUUUUGUUUUUUUUUUUGUUUUUUUUUUUUUUUUUUUUAUUUUGCCUUUCGUUCCUUCUUUCUUCAACCUCUCUUUUCUCGUUCGGAAAGUAUUUCGCAAGAUACGAGUUGCGUUUUUUAAAAAAAAAAAACGUUUUUUAUUUUAUUUAAAAAAUAGAUAAUAUCAUUGUCGCGAUCGUCGCCUGUACGCGUGAAUUUUAUUACUCGGUGGUUUCUCUGUGACACAAACGCAACAACCAUGGAUAUCCUACCGAGUGGAAACAUAUUCAGGGAGUUGCAGGACAUCCACGAUACUGGAUAUUUCUCCGCCCAACCCUCGCUCGAGGAUCAUUGGCAACAGACAUGCUACGAGAUGGAGAGGUACCUGAAGGACGAGCCUAAGCUACAGUCGUACAAAAAAUUACCCACGGAGUUGGACACGGCGCCAUGGAACCUCUUCAGAGCGCCCCCCAUUUCGUGGACAGCGUCGACGGGGAACGCAAACGCGCAGUUCGACUCCCCGAUUAAAAUGGAGGUCACAACGACAUCCGACGACAGAGAUCCCCUCGGUCUUAACGACAUAAAGUUCAGCCCGGGUGACCACAACCAUGAUCGACACCUCGACUCGCUCUCGAUGUCGUCGGCGAGUUCGGCCUGCUCCGCCCUCUCCUGGGACAGUUCGCCUUCGCUAUCCUGCAGAGCACUGAUCCUGAAAAAGGAGCCAAGCGAAGACCUCGAGGAGGAUGAGGAGCAAGAGGAGAUCGAAGAGGAGGACGACAGCGGGUGCGAAGGCGAGGGCCAAAUCCUGACGCCACCAUCAAGUCCCGAGUCUGGUCAGGGUCACUCGAAUUCGAGUCACUCUUCCAGCGGCAGUUCGAUGCUGGACGUUCACCAUCACCUAAAUCUCCACGGUACCGGUGGCAGAAGUGCAAUCGUCAGGGUGACGGCCAGCAGUCCACAGGGAGUGGCGAGACUGAUAUCCGUCGCGACGAACGGCUUUCCAACGGCGGUGGGUGCGCAGCACCAGCACGUCAGUGCGAAUCCAGUCGCGGCGACGGUCGUCCAAAGGCAUCACGCCCGGAGUCACGAGCACAGUCCACCUGACACGAAAAGGCGGAUACACAAGUGCCAGUUUCCCGGCUGCAAGAAGGUCUACACGAAGAGUUCGCACCUCAAAGCUCACCAGAGAACGCACACGGGAGAGAAGCCCUACAAGUGCAGCUGGGAGGGUUGCGAGUGGCGAUUCGCCCGCUCGGACGAGCUGACUCGCCAUUACCGCAAACACACUGGUGCCAAGCCUUUCAAAUGCCGACAUUGCGACCGCUGUUUUUCCCGCAGCGAUCACCUGGCCCUUCACAUGAAGAGACACGUUUAGAGGUCAGAUACGACCCGGCGUACAAACCUCCUCCUCCUCCUCCUCCUCCUCCUCCUCCUCCUCCUCUUCCAAUCGCGUGAAGAGUAAAAUAUCCCCACCACCGAACCAGGAUGCAAAUAAAUUAUUACACGUGUGGUACCACGAGGUAAAAAUCCGUCAAGUUUGUCACUCGACGGUUACUUCGCAGUGCUGCGAUGUAUCGGAAAAACGGAGAAAAAAACAAGAAAAAAGAAAAAACGAAAAAAAAAAACGCCGUACAAUUCUUUUUUCGCAUCUCGUCAUCGUACUUGGAUAUUUCGUUCGUGGACGAAGAAGAUUGAGACGAAAAUUAUUAUCCGGGAAAGUGCGACGAUGUUUUAUGGACUUCUUAUAUAAUAUGUGUAUAACAGUUACUGAGUAUAACGCUGUGUAUAGUUGUGUACGAACGCCUCUACGGCUGAUAAUUCGACUUUGUGUAUUCGGUUUAGGUGUGAAUCACGUUUGCUUUUUAAUUUUUAAUUUUUUUUUUGUCAUCAAUUCGUAUGCGUGUAUGCGCGCGUGUGCGUGUGUGUGUUUGUGUGUGUGUGUGUGUGUAUGAGCGAGACUUACUGUAUGCGUGUGUGUAUAUAUAUAUAUUAUGUAUAUGUACAUUUCUUUUCUUGUUUUUUACUAAUCUUCUUUCACUCCAUUUCGAAUAUAUAUAUAUAUAUAUAUACAUAUACAUAUAUUACAUAUAUAUAUAUAUUACAAUAAUUUAAAGAGAGAAAGAGAGAGAGAGAGAGAGAGAGAGAGAGAGAGAGGGUGAUUUUACUCGUUUCGCGAUAUUUGUAAAAUCUAUGAGUUGUUUGAAUAAUGUGAUAAAAUCCAUAACGUUUAUUUGAUUUGCCAUUUAACGAAAGGAUGAUAUGAGACUACGUAUCUCUGUCCUCGUUGGACCGUACUAAAGUGGAAUAUACUAAAAUUUGUAGCCUUCAAGAACGAACAGCUGAACAAUAAUGAAUACAACGCAGAGAAGUGUGUGUGUGUGUGUGUGAGUGUGUACAUACAUAUAUAUAUAUAUAUAUGUACAUGGCUCACACCGUGUUGAGUGCUAUAUAUACGAUAAUGACGGAAAUAUGAUAACAGUAUAUAUAUAAAAGUAUAAAACUGAAUUUAAAAAAUAAAUAUUAGAAAAGAUUCGAGAGAACUGAAAAAUUGGAAGUAUACCCUUAGCUGGUAAUUGAAGAGAGAGAGAGAGAGAGAGAGAGAGGGAGAGAAAGAGAGAGAAAUAAA